ACAACUCUUUCACUUCCUCCAAGUGUAAACAUUGGCCAUCGCAGGGUAGUGUGAAGUUAAACAGCAAGCCAUGCAAAUAGAUACACUUCUUUAACUAUGCACACAAGAAACUAGUUUUGUAAGAGCGAUAUGAAAUAGAUACAAGUAGGAAUAAUGGCAGCUACAACAAAAUAAGACUUUGCAAGCGGGUGGGAAUGGGUCUCAUCCUUCGCUGGCUUAAAUGGAGAAUAAAGGGAGCGACGAGGUGGAAAAAUUGAAGACAAAGUUCUUGUCAGUGUGGCACAAUGUGAAGUACAGUUGGGCUCUCAAGUCCAAGACCUCAUUUAGCAGAAACUCUCCAGUACUUUUGCUGGGUAAAUGCUACCAUUUCAAGGCUGAAGAUGAUGACAGCAGCCCUACAGAGGAAGCCUGUGUUGAGACCACAGAUGAUGACUUAGCCAUGGGAAACGUUGAGUCUUUCCGGAGGGACUUUGCCUCUAGAGUGUGGCUCACGUACAGAGAGGAGUUUCCAGCGCUGCCCGGCUCCUCCCUGACCUCUGACUGUGGCUGGGGCUGCAUGCUCAGGGCGGGUCAGAUGAUGUUGGCUCAAGCCCUGGUUCUUCACUUGCUUGGUCGAGACUGGACAUGGUCAGAGGCACUCACUCUCCAGCCCUUAGACACAGAGACAUGGACCACAUCUGCAGCCAAACGUUUUGUAGCUUCUCUGGAGGCUUCUCUGCAGGGCUCUCCUGGAUCUUCUCAGCUUAAACCCCCAGAACCCCCCCCAGUCCAAGCAUUUGGCUCAGCUGAAGAGGCUGACGCACACAUAAAAGACAUGUACCACAGAACUCUGGUGUCCUUGUUUGGAGACAGCCCUUCCUCUCAACUCAGUAUUCACAGACUCGUCCAAUUGGGUUUAGUGAUGGGGAAACAGGCCGGAGACUGGUAUGGCCCUGCAGUGGUAGCACACAUCCUCAAGAAAGCUGUUGAAGAAGCAAUAGACCCCAUCUUGGCAGGGAUAACAGCCUAUGUGUCCCAGGACUGCACAGUGUACAGUGCAGAUGUCAUGGACAGCCACAGGGCAUCAGGAGCAGAGAGGGACUCUAGGGCCCCUCCUCCCCCUCACGAUGAACCAUCCUGUACUGACCAGUUAGAAAGUCGAGCAGUCAUUAUUCUAAUACCUGUGCGGCUGGGAGGAGAGAAAACCAACCCUGACCACAUCAACUUUGUCAAGAACCUUUUAAGCCUGGAUUACUGCCUUGGCAUCAUUGGUGGAAAGCCCAAACAGGCCUGCUACAUUGUCGGAUUUCAAGACGACAGCUUGAUUUACAUGGAUCCUCAUUACUGUCAGUCUUUUGUGGAUGUCAGCACUGGCGAGUUCCCUCUGCAGUCCUUUCAUUGUCCAUCACCAAAGAAGAUGCCAUUCAAUAAAAUGGACCCAAGCUGUACCAUUGGAUUUUACUCCAGAAGCCUGAAAGACUUUGAGAGAAUCAAUCAAGAGCUGACCAAGCUACUGCAGCCCUCAGCCAAAGAGAAAUACCCCGUGUUCACUAUUGUCCAAGGUCGAAGCAGAGAUUAUGACCUGUCUGCGAGUCUGAACCCAGAGAAGAGAGAGUGGCCCUUCAUUCGCCGCACAGUCACAACUACAGGAGACUUUGUGCUGCUUUGACACAUGCAAACUACUGAUAACGCACUCCAUACAACUAAAUAUGAACUAGUCAGGAUGUUGGACCAUAAUUCGCUAGCCUUACAGCGUAAUUAUAUAUAAGUAAUUUUUCAAAGUUUUCAGGAAAAUUAAAAAGCAAACAGCCAAUGCCAGUAGGAUGGUGGGGGCGGUUUGUGGUUUUAUUUAAGAUGUUAAAAUAUUUCUGAUUGGUCAAAGACAGAGCCUGUGACACUUACAGAUAACAGCAAGGUCUGAGGAGUAAGGUGAAACUGAAAAAAACUGGCAAGAACUAUUACAUUAAAAUAAAUAAUACUUAGGCAGUUAUGAAAUGAGUCUGACUAUUUAAAGCUAUAGUCUUACUAUUUUAGUCUUCACACUGCACACUUUUGGUUGGGUGCUAUAAUACCAGAGAAGGGCAAGUGGAAGUGAAUUUCAUUGGCUCCUAUCUGUAAUGUCAUUCCUUGUUACAGUGUUGGCUCCAUUUGCAGUUAAUUCUUAUUUUGAAGUCCAGUUAUUUUAGUUUGGUAAUAAUUAGUAUCAAAAGCAAACAUUAAAAAGCAAUAUCUUUAACAACCACGAUACUUCUUUGCCAAAACAUUUCACAACAAAUGAAGGCGUAGAUUAGAAACAAAAUGCUCUAUUAAAGAAGCCAAUAUUUUAAGCAAUAUGUAAAUCUGAAUUGAUUUAAAUGUAUAUAUUCUAGUGCAGGUAAAUGUGUAUUUUUGUAUGUCGUCUUUGAACGCUUGGCAGCAAGCGUUUUCAUUUUGCAAACCUCAAAAGUUAAUUUAACAUUUAAUUAACCAACACUUGAAUCAUAGGUUAAUGAAGUACAUAAUUUUACUGUUUUUGUGGCUCAUGUACUAUAAUUUCACAUUUC